CAAGAGACUCCACUGUACUCUGAUGAUUAAACUGCUGUUUUCCAGUCGUCUCUAACUACUCAGACGCCUCGGUCCUCACCCUUGACACUCGUCCUUUUCUGUGACGCGAAGAUCCGCGCCAUCCCGCCGAACAGGAGAGUCUUCAAUAUGGCCAAGUCCCACGACGAAAACGCAGCCACACACUCGCACCCACAACCUCAACAACAGCAAUCCACCACACAACAAGAACCCUCUCCACCGCUCUCCCAAAAAUCACUCGACCGCUCCGCAUCUCCCGCCGCAUCACCACUCUUCCCCACACAUCAUCAACGCAGCCAGUCUGCGGCGAGAAGCAUCCACGUAGCCGACAUCUCCUACCCCGAAUCUUUUAUGCGCACGCCCGUUUCCAUGCUGCCGUUUCCGCAUCCCAAGUGGCACGUUCGGCCUAGUACGGGCGAGAUUUACGAGGUCACCAGUCCGAUCUUGGAAGAGUAUGAUCCUGAGAUUGGCUACAUUGAUAGUGUAGGGGAGGUGCGGGAGUCCAUCGAGGGUGAUGGCGGUGGAGGAGGAGGUGGUGGUCACGAGGAAAGGAGACUAUGGAGAGGUUAUGUCGAGCAUAGGGAGAGUGCGGAGCGGUGGUGUUUGACAAGGGAAGGGAAGCGGGAUUUUGACGGGGAAGGGCAUGCUGAGCGGAAGAAGCUUCGGAUACGAUAGUAACCGCGCAAGGGGGACAAGUUCGGAUCUCAUUGCAGUCUCACACUUUUGUUGGUGGGUGUUCUUAUUCAUAGUACUCAUGCGAAACCAGUUCCAUCCUGCAUAAGUCAUUUGCUCCUGAACUACACAAUAGCCGAGCCCAGUUUGGAACAACCUGACAACACCCGUUCUAUAAUCAACAACGCCUUGAGGCCUAUGCAACGCUUUAUUCCCCUAACUCCUCAAGGCCCUGAAGACCGCUAGGCUAGACCUAGUAAAGAGUCUUUG